AUGCCGGAUGGGACCGAGAAGGCAAUAUGGCAUUCAAGCCGAAGUCUCACCGCUGCAGAAAGGAACUACGGUCAGAUCGAGAAAGAGGGACUCGCCUUGAUACUCGCUGUUUGGAAGUUCCACCGUUACAUAUAUGGACGUCGAUUCAAGCUCCUCACGGAUCAUAAGCCGUUGCUACACAUUUUCGGACCAAAGAAAAUGGUGCCCGUAUACACGGCAAAUCGACUGCAACGUUGGAAGUUGAUACUUCUCGGAUUUGACUUUGAUAUCGAAUAUCAGAAGACGACAGAGUUUGGACAAACUGACGUCUUGUCACGCCUGAUCCCUCCAAGACCGGCUCAGACAGAAGAUAUUGUGAUAGCCAAAAUUGAACAAGAUGUUCUUGCUGUUCAGAGUGCUGCUGUGAAAGCACUGCCCGUGACCAGGAAAACUAUUGAAGAAGAGUCAAGGAAGGAUGAAAGGGUAUCGCAGGUCAUAUGGAUGCUGCAGACAGGAACAUGGCCAAGCAAGCCUAAAGAACAAAUCAACAGCUGGAAGGCUCUGAGCCACGAAUUGUCAGUUCAGAACGGAUGCCUGUAUUUUGACCACAGAAUCGUCGUGCCAGCCUCACUUCAAGAAGCAGUUUUGAAGCAACUGCAUGAAGGACAUCCAGGAAUGGCAAGAAUGAUGAUGCUCGCCCCAGGAUAUGUGUACUGGACGAACAUCAACAAGGGCAUCGAAGAAGCUGUACGGCACUGCCGUAACUGUCAAGAAGCUGCGAAGAUGCCAAAGAAGACAGUUCUCAAUUCUUGGACCACUGAGAAGAAACCGUGGGACAGAAUUCAUAUCGACUAUGCAGGACCACUGAAUAGUAGGAUGUACCUUGUGGUAGUGGAUGCGUAUUCGAAGUGGCCAGAAGUCUUUGAGAUGUCGUCGUCGUCAACCACUGCAACGUUGAGAGAACUCAGAAUGCUGUUCGCACGAUUUAGAAAUCCCAGGGUGAUCGUGUCAGACAACGGUACGCAGUUUACAGCGAAGGAGUUCCAGGAAUUCUGCGACAUGCAAGGAAUUGAGCACGUUCGCUCGCCGCCGUUCCAUCCACAGUCAAACGGUCAAGUGGAACGCUUUGUGGAUACCUUAAAAAGAACCCUUCAGAAGAUUAAGGAGGGAGGGACGUCGGAGAAACUUGCGGAAUUUUUGCAGUGCUAUAGAAGAACACCAUGUGCAUCAACGCCAGGACAUCUUUCUCCAGCGGAGUUCAAUCGUCAUCAUGGAGCACAGAAGAGAUCGUACCACCAGGAAGAACUCGUGUGGGUGCGUGACUACCGCCCGAGACAUGAGAAAUGGAUCCCUGCUCGUGUGAAGAAUCGCUAUGGACGAGACGUGUACGACGUGCUAACGGAAGAGGAUGAUUUGUGGAAAAGACACGCUAACCAGAUGCGUGGAGAAAAACAUCGGAGAGCUAGCUGCGAGAGGACUGAAGCUUUCAAGAUGCUGUUCAACCAGGAAGACCGACGGUACCAUGGUAUGGCAAGAACGAUCGCCGAUAUCAACGACAAUAUCAAGGAUAGAACACCAACUAUCGUGCCGCCGACAACGACUAGACCAGCUCGACAACGCCGAUCGCCUCGUCGAUUGCAACCUGAUCCGAAGAUGAAGACGUACGCGAUGCAUUCAUCUUAG